AUGACGAACGAAUAUCGAUGUCAUAAUGGAGCUCAUUGUAUUCCAGAGAAAUUUCUUCAUGAUGAUCCUAUCAAUCCCGAUUGUCUUGAUCGAUCGGAUGAACCAUCAUUACAACUGUAUCCUGAACUUUGUCCUGCUGAUCCAGCUUUUCGUUGUGAAGAACAUAUAUGUAUGUAUUCACGAAAUGACUUGAUGUUUUCAUGUGGUGAUGGUCAAUGCAUUGGAAUAGAUAAUCAAUGUACAAAUGAACGAUCGAUUUCUUAUCUUCCUAUGGAUUUAUUAUCGAAUGACUGCAAUCGUAUGAUGGCUUGUCUAACUCUAAGUCGAAAUCGUCUCGAUGAUAUUCCAUGUUAUAGUAUUUGUGCUAACGUUUCCUGUGCUGAAAUAGUGCGAAAAGAAUGUCCGAGUCUUUUUCAAUUUCCUCCAAUGUAUAUUUUUCCUGGCAAUGUAUUUUUUGCCUAUACAAAUAAUCAAUCCAAUUAUAAUUCGAUACUUUCUCCACUUCCCGAAUUUGUGUGCUAUGAAAAACAAUUAUGCCAACAUUCUCUUCCAACAGUCGAUAUUGGUUUAUUUAAUAAUUCGAAAUGCAUAUCUUUCUCAGAAUUUGGUUUAAGUAAAAACACAGUUAUUACACGCCAAUGGAAUGACCUUCUAAUACCAAUUAAAGGUUUUUUUCAAGGUUGCUUAACAUAUAAAAAAUUAACUAAUACAACUCAUUGUUUAUAUUCAUCAUUAUAUCAAUGCUCGAAUACUUUAACAUGUAUUUCAAAACAUCGUUUACUCGAUGGUAAUCAAGAUUGUUAUAUGAAUGAUGAUGAAACUUUUAAUAAUAGUUGUUCUCUUGAUCAUCAACAUCGUUUUAAAUGUUCUAUGGAAGAUCGUUGUAUAUCAUGGAUAUCAGUACAUGAUUUUAAAACUGAUUGUUUAAUAAAUGACGAUGAAGCAUUGGCCGAUAUUGAAAUACCUAAAAGACGUAUUUCUUUUCAAACAAUAUGUGAUGGUUUUCAAGAAUUAUCAUUUAUUAUGAUUAACGAACAAAAUGAAUCGGAUGAGACUAAUUGUCACUUAUGGCCAUGUAAUACUAUAUAUUCACGUUGUGAUGGAAUUUGGAAUUGUCUUGAUGGAGCUGAUGAAGUUAAUUGUUCCGUAUCGUUUUGUUCACCAUCGAAUCACAUGUGUGUUUCACCAAUAACAAAUAAUUUAACAUGUAUACCAAUUUCAAAAGCGAACGAUGGUAUUGUAGACUGUCUAGGAGGAUCCGAUGAACGUCGAAUUUGUCGCAUGCAUGAGCCUGAAUAUCCUUUUGCUCGAUUUCUUUGUCGAAAUCAUACAAAUCCGAAUACAAUGUGUCUUCAACCUAAUCGACUCUGUAAUCAAAAGUCAACUUGUUCGUUCAAUGAUGAUGAGAUAUUUUGUCUUAAACGUAAUUUAACAACAAGUCAUUUUUGUGAUGAUAUAUUGGAAAUAGAUCGCACAGAUGUUGAAAAAUUUCUUUGUAGUUUAACGGAUGCAUCAAAGAAGUCUAUUGUCUAUUUUUCAUUAUAUUCCGAUCAAAUGAAUACGAAAAUUCAUGAUUUAAAUAAUACAUUAGAAAAAAAUCGAUCUUUAUCAACAAAUUAUCCUUUGAAAUACGAUAAUCGUAGCAAUGAUGAUCAAACUUCAGAACUUAUUCGAACUUGGCGAUGUAAUCGAGGUAUUCCCAUUCAAGCUAAAUAUAGCAAGCUCAUAUGUUUAUGCCCACCUAGUUAUUAUGGAGAUCGAUGUCAAUAUCAAAAUCAACGUGUCAGUCUUACAUUACAGUUACAAGCUGUUGCUGACUUUCGCAUGGUAUUUACUAUUGUAAUCAUAUUAAUUGAUGAUGAAGGUCAAAUUUAUUCAUACGAACAUAUUAAUUAUCUAGGAAUUCGAGAUUGUAGUAAAAAAUUUAAUAUCUAUCUAUUGUAUUCAACCCGACCUAAAGAUGCAACAAAGAAUUAUUCUAUUCGUAUAGAUGCAUUUACUGCAAUAUCAUUAGAUUAUCAUACAAGUUGGUUAUUUCCAAUUGAAUUUUUAUUUCUACCUGUAAAUCGUUUAGCAAUUCAUUUGAUUAUUCCAGUUUUCAAUAUUCAAAUUGUAGACUGCAAACUUCAAUGUAAUCAUGGUCAAUGUAGAAAAUAUGAAAAUACCAAAAACGAUUUUUGUCGAUGUGAUCUCGGUUGGUCAGACCCUCGAUGUUUAACUAAAUAUGAGACACCCAUUUGUUCAUCCGAUUCAGUCUGUAUUGGACCAGGAAUAUGUAUCUGUCCACUUGGAAAAUAUGGUAGACAAUGUUCAUUAACACAGUCGAUUUGUUCGAAAGAAAAUUGUCAAAAUGUUGGACAAUGUGUACCAUUUGAUCAACGCAUCAUAAAUAAUCAAUGGUACUGUAUUUGUAAAGCAGGAUAUUCUGGUAAACAAUGUAACAUAGCUGAUAGAAAGAUUAUAGUCUCGUUUUAUGAUACUAAAAUUCCACUAUCAAUUCUAAUACAUUUUAUUUACGCACCAGGUGAUAGACCUCAUGAACGUACGACGACAUUUUCGAAAGUUUUACUUGGUCAAAACAUAGCAAUUAUUUAUUCAUCGAUUCAUUUUCAUUUGGUUAUCAUUGAAUUUCUUGGUAAUUAUUUUUUGACGACUCUUGAAAAAACGAAAGUUUUUUCAAAAACUGAUGUUCAUAUUGAAUUAAUUGCCACACAACAAUGCCAACCUAUUGAACAUCUAUUCAAUAAUACCAUUGUUAAAUUACAUUUAAUACAACGUAUCAAAUAUUAUCAAUUACCUUGUCAACAGCAAUCUACUUUAGUCUGUUUUUACGACAAUAUUUCCAUGUGUCUGUGUGAUGAAGAACGAUAUGCCAAUUGUUUUGAAUUCGAUCAGAACAUGACCUAUAAUUGUCAAGGUGUUAAUUAUUGUCUAAAUGAUGGUCUAUGUUUCCAAGAUAAUUCUAUUUGUCCUACAAAAUAUAUAUGUGUAUGUACAGAAUGCUACUAUGGUACUCGUUGUCAAUUAACGACGAAAGGUACCAGUUUAUCACUUGAUGUCAUUCUUGGUAAUUUAAUUCGACCUUACGUAGUUUUUAUUCAACAGCCAAUGGUUGUCAAAAUUUCUGCCACUGUAACUAUAAUCAUGUUUAUAUUAGGUCUUGUUAAUGGAUUUCUUUGUGGAAUAACAUUUAAAACUGCAAAAAUUAGACAAGUCAAUUGUGGUUUUUAUCUUUUCGUGUUAUCAAUAAUUUCUCCGAUUGGUAUAAGUAUGUUAACUAUCAAAUUUUGGUUACUUAUACUUACUCAAAUGUCUAUAAUUUCUAAUCAUUCAUUUUUAUUAAUUCAAUGUGUUUCUAUAGAUAUGCUUCUAAUCGUCUUUCUUC